ACUAGAGACCACAUGAGCCCUUCCCAGUUCUCACGGCUUCUUGUGUCCAUACCUCCAUAGGUGAUCCAGACAGACACAGACCAAGAUGUAUAAGUUGGCAAUGAUGGGCACCUUUUGUGUGGGCAAGAGUGCACUGAUCAUGCAGUUUAUUGAAGAUUGUUUUUUGACCGAGUAUGACCCCACCAUCCAAGAUUUCUACCGUCAACAAACAGUGGUGGAUGGAGAACAGUGCCAGCUGGACAUUGUGGAUACCACAGGCAUUGAAGCAUUUUGCCCUAUGAGGGACAAGUCCAUACGCUGGGGAGAGGGCUUCCUCUUGGUCUAUGCAGUGAAUGACCGCCACUCUUUUGAGAAUGUGAAUGUCCUCUGGGACCGUCUGCAGAUCCUCAAGGGGACCAAGCAUGUACCUGUGGUGUUGGUGGCCAACAAAGUAGACGUGACCAACAGGGUGGUGCACCGCACCCAGGGCCAGGAGGUGGCCAGGAGUUUUGGGAUCCCUUAUGUGGAGACAUCAGCCAAGACUGGGCAAGGUGUGGAGCAAGCCUUCCAUGAGCUCAUGGGUGAAAUUCAUAGAAUGAGAUCUGAGGAGCUCAACAGUGACCUUAAUACUAAGCAGAGGGAGGCCUGUGGGUGCAAGUGUUGCACAAUCCAGUGAGCAGGUACACCCUUACCCUGAUCCUGCUCCUAAUUCCCCUCACCUGGCCCAGAAUACCUCCAAAUCCCCUAGCCACUCCCCAGCCUUCCAGACCUUCAUCUGGACCCUUCCUUCUGCCUGCUCUUCACUGCCAAGCCCUUUGGGACCUUAUCAGGAUUUCUCCAGGAGCCUCUUGGAGGGACCUAUCUGCGUUUCUCCCUUAAGGCCUUUUUGUAUUUUUGCUUUUUGUUUCCCCUUUUGAGCAGGAAUGACUACCUCAAUGCCUGGGUAUCCUGACCAGGCAAGAAAAGACUCCCAUUUCUCAUUGAGUGUGCAGCCUGCUCCUUCAUCUCAGCCUGCUAGAGGCCCCAGAGACAGCCAGCUCCCUGGCUGCUUUCUAUCCAAUCUGGCCCUCAUCUUCAGCAUCCUCCUCUGCCUUCCUGGAGGCUGUGUGUGGGAUUUUCUUUAUUGGGUUUUCCCCUGCUCCCCCAACCAAGACUCUGCCUCUGGAGACCAGGGUACAAGUCUCCCACCUGCCCCUGGGCUUGGUGUAUUUCUUGUCUUGGAGCCAGAUCACCACCUGUUGUGGCCAAGAAGACCUUGUUGUGGUGUUGGUAAGAAGCCCUACUCUGAAGUGGUCCCCAUUCAAUGACCCUCAAGACCAGACUGGGGGAAUAGUGGGGGGUUUUUUGGUUACUCACAUUGAGUGUCACCCCUUGUCUUUAUCAUCUGGAGCUCGUUCGAUAUCAGUGAGAGAUUGGGGUAGAAUGGGACUGCCUCCUCCCAGCAGGAUGCCUUUAGACAUAAGUGCCAUUAAAAUUAUAAUUUCUGUUUUAGCAGCCAGAUAAAGUCCCUUUAGACAUUGCAAGUUUCAGUAUUUUAAUUGCUUCCAAGGGAAGGGGAGUGGAGGGGCCUGGCUGUAAAUGUUCUGAGCAGAUACCUCAUAGCUGCAGGUAAGAUGGGAGUCUGCUUAGGAAUCUUCUGACAAUUCUGGUGAAAAGAGCAGUGGGUGUUUUUCCUGUUUCAGUUAAUGAUUCUAACCAUACCUGUUUGGCUUUGGGGGGAGGGUUGAAUAGGAAGAGAAAUUAAU